UUCUGAUGUAACACGCGCAUCUACAGCGCGAUAAGAUUGAACAGAAAUAAAUAGCCUAUAGCACGCCCCGUUAAUAACAGUUGAUAUAGAGAUAUUAAUUAGUUAUUGUAAUAAUAUUUUAACAAAUAUUAUUUUGCGUGAAGCGGUGCAUUUCUGGACAAGUUUUUCAGUCUAGCGGAAAGACCUUGAGAUGAUAUCAGGCUUGCAGAAGGUUGUGUGUUUCACUCUUGUGUAUUUUGAUUACAAGUUCUUAAAACUUGUCAAAAGGGAGCGCUUGGAUGACAUGUGAUAUGUCUAUUAUCUAUUUGUGAAAUAAAUGCUGAUUUAUCUGAUUAAAAGUCAUAAAAUUUCAAUUUGGAUACAAGUGGAUAGAAAUGAACCAUAGUAUUUAGUGAAUCUUAGUUGAAAGAUUUAAACUUAAGAAACCAUCAAGAACGAUUUUCUCGGACUAAAAAUUCCAAUGAAUUGAUAUGACACACGAACUGACUUCAAAAAUCAAAACAUUUUCAUCCUGAUUGAACUGAUUUAACAGGAUGCUGAGGAUAAAGACAUUGGCUCUGCUUCAGACACAUAUAUCACAUUGUCCUUUAGUAGUUCGGAGAGUUCAUCAACUGGCCUCCAUCAAACAUGUGUGUGUGCUCCCUGAGAGGAGGCGUCAGGGUCUACUGUACCCCUUUAGCAGUCUGGAGGAGCACCUGUCCUCACAGGUCAGUCAGGAAGAAUUCAAGAUAUUUCAUCCCAGCUUGGAGGAACUCCGUCAGGCAGAGACACUGUUCACUCCCUCCUCUAAACACAGUAUCGACUACUCUACCUCUGCAGUCCGGAUAGACCAUGUACCUCUUCUUAAACAGCCUGAGGUGUGUUUUAUGGGCAGAAGUAACGUGGGGAAGUCUUCUCUCAUACGUGCCUUGUUCUCUCUUGUGCCGGAGGUAGAUGUGCGAGUCUCUAAAACUCCAGGCCACACCAAAAAACUAAAUUUCUUCACUGUGGGAAAGGCGUUUACCCUUGUCGACAUGCCAGGGUAUGGACACAAGGCCCCAAAGGACUUUGUAGAGAUGGUUGAACCGUACCUUCAAGGGCGUCACAAUCUGGCGAGGACGUUCUUGCUGGUGGAUGGAGGUGCAGGUCUGCAGAAGGUGGAUUUGGUUGCUGUGGAGAUGUGUGAGGAGUUCAAUUUGCCUUACGUGCUGGUGGUAACUAAAAUAGACAGAACCCGUCAGGGCGCUUUGCUGGCUCUUACCCUACAACUUCGGGACUUUAUCAAAAAUCAAACCAGCCUGUGUUUCCCACAGCCAUUUCUUGUGAGUUCAGUCCAGUUCUCUGGGAUUUAUCUGCUCAGGUGUUUCAUAGCACAUGUUACAGGAAAUCUACAGCUUAACGCUAAACAAUCGUGAGUGUACCGCACUGCCUUUCCACAUGUCUGAGGACUGGACUCAAUGUUAUAAAAACAAUUUGAAGACGACUGAUUUAAACCAUUGAAUUGCUGAAUCUAUGUAUUCUUUUCACAUGCAGAUGCUAGAAUAAGUGUAUUACUAGUUUCAGGAUUCAUGCAGCUGUGUAUAAACUCCCUGAAUGAUCCAGGAAUCAAAUGUAUGAUAAAAACAUUUAUAUUUUAGUGAGAUCGUAGGGCAUACCCCAAACGCACAUUCCUGUCUGUUACUGUUAUUUGUUCUUCGAAAUAAAAUGGCAGAAGGUGUA